CUAGAAGCAUGAUGUGCAUCAGUGCAGUGCUUCGUGCAAAAGACCCAAGAAGGCUGUUGCGCGUGGCCGCCAUUAUAUGUCAGGCAUUGUUCAUUUAUUUUCCCGGCGGAUUGAGAAAGGAAACAUUAAUUUGUUAUCAAAUAUAACAUUUUAUUUUCGUCAAAAUGCCUGGUGCUGAAGAGGAUGAUAGAAAGAAUUCUGACCGGCGGAGGAGAAGUCGAAGCAGGGAUGGCAGGCGUAGUCGUAGCCGUAGCCGUAGCCGAGAACGACGGCGACGCAGCAGAAGUCGAAGCAGAGACCGUGACAGGAAGUCCAGGCGCAGUCGUUCACCAGUGGCGCACAGGCGCCGUCGCAAACCUUACAAGUACUGGGAUGUUCCGCCAGUAGGCUUUGAGCAUAUCACUCCACAGCAGUACAAGGCAAUGCAAGGAUGUCCAGAUGCAGUCCAGGCUGCAGGAACUGGACCCGUCCCUCCUGUGCCCAAUCUACAGGCCAUGCCGGUCGUCCCAGCUCCGGUGAUGAUGCCUGCCCAGCCUGCUACGGCCAUGCCUAUCGUGGCCAAUCAGAUGACUCGACAGGCCCGGCGACUCUACGUGGGCAACAUUCCCUUUGGGGUCACGGAGGACCAAAUGGUGGACUUCUUCAAUAACAAGAUGCAAGAACUGCAUCUGACCACGAACCCUGGGAAGCCCGUCCUGGCAGUGCAGGUCAACCACGACAAGAACUUUGCAUUCCUUGAGUUUCGUUCCGUGGACGAGACCACACAGGCUAUGGCGUUUGACGGUAUCAUGUAUCAGAAUCAGUGCCUAAAGAUCCGUCGACCCAAGGACUAUCAACCCAUGCCAGGGGUAGCAGAGACACCUUCUUUGCAUGUGCCAGGUGUGGUUUCAACUGUGGUUCAGGACUCUCCCCAUAAGAUCUUCAUCGGAGGCCUGCCCAAUUACUUGACCGAUGACCAGGUGAAGGAGUUGCUGUCAUCCUUUGGAAUGCUGAAGGCAUUCAACCUAGUGAAGGACAGUGCCACGUCUAUGUCCAAAGGUUAUGCUUUCUGUGAAUAUGUGAAAACAGAAGUCACUGAUCAAGCCAUUGAGGGGCUGAACGGCAUGCAGCUUGGGGAGAAGAAAUUGAUCGUCCAGAGGGCCAGUGUUGGAGCCAAGAAUCCCAGUGCUCAAGCUAUGGCUGCCCAAGCAGUUCAGCUCAACAUCCCAGGGUUGAAUCUCCCGGGCACCGCGGGUCCACAGACAGAGAUUUUGUGCCUCAUGAACAUGGUGACAACUGAUGAUCUUAAGGAUGACGAUGAGUACGAAGAUAUUGUGGAUGAUGUACGUGAUGAAUGCAGCAAAUAUGGUAAUGUACGCAGCAUUGAAAUACCCAGACCUGUGGAAGGGAUUGACGUCCCCGGCUGUGGCAAGAUCUUUGUGGAGUUCAGCAACACCAUGGAAUCUCAGGCAGCCCAGCAGGGGCUCUCGGGCCGCAAGUUCGCCAACCGGGUCGUCGUUACCUCGUUCUUUGACCCUGGCGCCUACCACCGUCGUGAUUUCUAGACAGGAGACAACAUAUCAUAUCCCCCUGUCCUCACAUCGUCAUAAUUUCACCCAAUCAUACAAUCCAAACUUUCAUAGUAAAAACUGAUGAAAUUAAAUCCUAAAAUGGCACAUAAUGAAUAAUUAUCUGUAGUUUAGAGCACUUAACAAAAGACAAUAUGCAGCACUUCUAUUGCAACUUACUACAAGCCUUUUCUUGGUCGAAGCCUGUGUCUACAACAAAGUAAAAUCCUGUCAUCCUGGUUUCAAUUAAUUUCAGCAAUCAAAGUUUUGUGAGGACAUGGUUGAUGGCUUAUGCAGUGCCCAUGAAACAUUGUCUCCAUUACGGCCAACUUAGAGAUUUUUGAUCACACAUGCAGACUACUCAGUCAUAUAGACAGCACAUUGUUGUUCUCAUUGUACAAAGAAGUACAUCAGGCCUAAGCCCUGGCUUUGUUUUGUAUCAUGAGCAAUCAAGUCCACUAAACACUGUCCAACCGCCCACGUCAUAUUUUUAGUACAAAAUUUUGGAACCAAUUCGUAGAACAAAGCCCUCCACCCCACCCCACCAAAGUACAAGUAAUAGUUGAAUCCUUUUUUUUAUUCUGAUUGCAAAAGCAAGGUGUUAGACCACUGGCCAAGUUGGGCUGGUGAGGGUUUUUAAUGUUACGACAAUAUUAGCCAGCCUAUCUAGCGAGGAGUGUAGUGCUGUAUUAAAUGCGUCUUUAACCCUAUGCCAAAAUUGUAUUUCUGAAGUUGCAGAGUUUAACCACCGUUCCGGAUGACAAUCUGUAAAUCCCAGUGCCCUGUGGAGUGCUGUUAAUCGUAGGUGUCCUCGAAGUAUGUUAGUAGUUUUCGGUAGUGGUUAAACUGGAAACUGUCUUCGAAAAUUGUCCAUUGUAGAAUGCCGUUUUUCGUUUACUAGACCUAGAAAUGUUUUCCUUGUUUCAGCUUGAUCUUUGGGUGUGUUGUUUACAACUUUGCAUGUAUUAGAUAUCACAGCUACGUCGGUAUCAUUACACCAUAUCCGUAGCAGUUGAUUUUCUGACCAGUCACAUGUCCACACAAACGUCUGUAUGCAUGCGGCUGAACAUGCGUUGUGACAUAAGAGAGCACCAAGCGUUCAUUACUCAUCUAGGUGAAGUGGGCAGGUGUUGCUGGAUCAGUCUAUUCUGUCGUAGAUUUUCUUUAAAUGUGGCUCCUUUGGGGUCCCUUGCUUUGGUUGCUUUUUUUUCCCAUGCUAGAUCGACAGAUGACCUUUGGCCAUGUCCAAAACAUAUAUAUCAGUCCUUUCCAAGAAAAGUUUAUCGGCUUAUCAAGAAUUUUUACCAUUGUAAAUCGCUAGCAAUACCCUUUAGUUUGUUUGUGGAAGUACAUGUAAUGGAAGUCCAUCUUAUCUGUUGGGGAAAGAGCAAAUUUUUGAUUGUUUGUAAAGGAUUUUUGCAAAGAAGAGCAAGUCCAGGAAAUUUUGAAAAGGGUUUUUAGCAUUUUUGACUGUAUAGAGGGGAAUUACACAAUUAAUUUAAGCUCUGUUUUCAAUCGUUCUUCUUUGUUCACGUUCCUAACUGCCAUGUUGUUCAUUUUUACAGCUAAAGUGGAAGAACUAUCCAGAAUACUUUGUUGUGUGUGCUUCAAUUUCUCUGAACAUUCUGCUCUUUGUGUUUUAAGACUGUUUUCUCAAUUUUUAGAGACCCUUCGUGCUUAUUUGAAGUCAGUAACAGGAUGAAAUAAAUGAAUCGAAAUUCACCAUGAAA